CAUCGCCUUCAGCGGUGGACCAUCUCCGAAUUCCAUCUCCGGGCGGCGAGCUUCGGCUGUUCCUUUUCCUUUUCUUUUCCCUUUUGUUUAAACCACACGCCUGCUUGUAUUGCUUCUGACGCCGAAGUCGCUUGGUUUCUGCAUUGCAUCUUCUGCGGACAGACAUCCUUUUGUUGUCUCGUGCCAUUGCUUCUCCUUGCUUCACAGCGUUCAACGGGCCAAAUCUCGCCGUCAUUUCACUGACAUCCGGUCUCGGGCGAAAGGCGGAAGAUCGUCAUCGCUACCACUUAUCACAACAUAUUCCUCCGUCUAUACCCCUCAUAUCGUCACAAUGGUGUUGAAGGGCAACGAGGUCGCCGAGCACAACAAUGCCAAGUCGUGCUGGGUCAUUGUCCACGGCAAGGCGUAUGAUGUAACCGAGUUCCUCCCAGAACACCCUGGAGGUCAAAAAAUCAUCCUUAGAUAUGCUGGCAAGGACGCCACCGAAGAAUACGAGCCCAUCCACCCGCCAGACACCCUCGACAAGUACCUCGAUGCCUCCAAGCACCUGGGCCCCGUCGACAUGGACACCGUCGAGCAGGAGGAGAAGGAGGAGGACCCGGAUGAGGUCGGCCGCCUGGAGCGCGUUGCCCAGAAGCCCUUACUGUCACAGUGCUACAACCUGCUCGACUUUGAGGCCGUCGCCGCCCGUGUCAUGAAGAAGGGCGCUUGGGGAUACUACUCAAGUGGCGCAGACGACGAGAUUACCCUGCGGGAGAACCACAGCGCCUUUCACCGCAUCUGGUUCCGCCCCAAGAUCCUCGUCAACGUCGAAAACGUCGACAUCUCCACCACCAUGCUCGGCACAAAGACGUCCAUCCCCGUCUACGUGACGGCCACGGCCCUCGGCAAGCUGGGCCACCACGAAGGCGAGGUCGUCCUCACGCGCGCCUCGGGCAAGCACGACAUCAUCCAGAUGAUCCCCACGCUCGCCUCGUGCUCCUUCGACGAGAUCGUCGACGCCGCCGCGGGCGACCAAGUCCAGUGGCUGCAGCUCUACGUCAACACGGACCGCGAGAUCACCAAGAAGAUUGUCCAGUACGCCGAGAAGCGCGGCUGCAAGGGCCUCUUCAUCACCGUCGACGCCCCCCAGCUGGGCCGCCGCGAGAAGGACAUGCGUAGCAAGUUCACCGACCCGGGCACUAAGGUCCAGGAGGGCCAGGAGACGGACAACAGCCAGGGCGCCGCCCGCGCCAUCUCCAGCUUCAUCGACCCGGCCCUGAGCUGGGCCGACAUCCCCUGGUUUCAGAGCAUCACCAAGAUGCCCAUCAUCAUCAAGGGCGUCCAGCGCGUCGAGGACGUCCUCCUGGCCGUCGAGCACGGCUGCCAGGGCGUCGUCCUCUCCAACCACGGCGGUCGCCAGCUCGAGUUUUCCCGCUCCGCCAUCGAGGUCCUCGCCGAGACCAUGCCCGUGCUGCGCGAGCGCGGCCUCCAAGACAAGAUCGAGGUGUACAUUGACGGCGGCGUGCGUCGCGGUACCGACAUCCUCAAGGCCCUCUGCCUCGGCGCCCGCGGCGUCGGCAUCGGCCGGCCCUUUCUCUACGCCAUGAGCGCCUACGGCCAGCCCGGCGUCGAGCGCGCCAUGCAGCUCCUCAAGGACGAGCUGGAGAUGAACAUGCGCCUCAUCGGCUGCAACCGCAUCGACGAGCUGCAUCCAGGCCUGCUCGACGUCCGCAGCUUGUACAACCACUCCGCCUACCACGCGGACAACCUGUCCAACACGGCAUAUGAGCCGCUGGCCGUGCCGCCCCAGCGACCCAAGGCGAAGUUGUAGAGGGGUGGUGGUUUUUGGAUAGACGCAUGGGGGACCCAGGUAGAGGCUUAUAUACGCGGUUACGAUGUGUGGGUAUAUAGAUGUAUGAACAAUUUGGAAGAGAAGAGAAUCUUCACGACACGAGA